UCUUCUCUGCCAUUACUCCUCUCUUCAUCCACACGAUUUUUCGGUCUCCAUGAAAGCUUGAGAUUGAGAGCUUCGCCACCGUCGUCACCGCAACCCAUCUACCCUCCUCCGCCCUUCUCUCUCGGGCCGUCCGAUGGCGAUUGAACUGCUUGGCUUCCCCAAGGUGGAGGAUCACACGGCGAUACAGGAGGCUGCGUCGCAGGGGCUGAAGACCAUGGAACACUUGAUCGGCCUCCUCUCUCGCCAAAAUCACCACCCCAACGUCGCCGAUUGCACCGACCUCACCGAUCAAACCGUCUCCAAGUUCAGGAAAGUCAUUUCCCUCUUGGACCGCACUGGUCACGCCCGGUUCAGGCGCGCGCCCCUUCAAUCCGCUUCUUCCAAGUCUGUCCCCGUCGCUUCCCCUAUCCCCCCGGUUCUAUCUCGGAGCCAAGCUCUUGCGCCUGCGACCAUCCUGGCUCCGACGAGCUCGCAACCGUCUCCGGCGGCGAGCUUCCUCCACUCGCAGACCAAGCAGAGUUUGACUCUCGACUUCACAAAGCCAAGCAUCUUGGGCCCCAACCCCAAAGGCAUUUCCGAGAUCGAGUUCACGAAGGACAGCUUCAGCGUGUCCUCGAACUCUUCGUUCAUGUCGUCGGCGAUUACCGGCGACGGGAGCGUCUCGAACGGAAAGCUGGGGACAUCGAUGUUCAUAGCUCCGGCGUCCGGCCCGGCUUCGUCCGCCGGGAAGCCCCCGAUCUCGAGCGUGCCGUACAAGAAGCGGUGCCACGAGCACGACCACUCCGAUGACGUCUCGGGCAAGCAUUCCGGCUCCGGCAGCGGCAAGUGCCACUGUUCCAAGAGAAGGAAAAACAGAGUGAAGAAAGUGAUGAGAGUGCCGGCGAUCAGCAACAAGAUGGCGGACAUUCCGGCCGACGAGUUCUCGUGGAGGAAGUACGGUCAAAAGCCGAUCAAAGGGUCUCCUUACCCACGGGGUUACUACAAGUGCAGUACGAUGAGAGGGUGCCCCGCGAGGAAACACGUGGAGAGGGCCCCCGACGAUCCGACGAUGCUGAUCGUCACGUACGAGGGGGAGCACCGUCACUCCCAGUCCGCGUCGCAGGAGAUCGUGCCCGCCGGUGCGAUGAACCUGGUGUUCAAGUCAACCUGAAGGGUGGGGGAACAAGGCAAAGUUGGGAGGAGGAGGAGUAGGUUUUCCUUAAUUUUUUAGUGGGAUUGUAAAUUUUUUUUUUUGCAACUUUGUAUUAAAGAAACAGAAAUUGCACAACAUUUUCAAACUUGACUAGCUGCAUUCCCCAAAUAUUUAAUUUAAUUUAAUCUAAAAUUCGUUUACUUUUCUGGGUCCGAGAGUUUUGCCUUUUUUUGUCCGCCACUUGCGUGUCGUUUUUAGUGGGGGAUGAUGAGGACAAGACAAGGGCGAUAAUCUCUAGGAUGUUUAGUCAAAGGUGUGGUUAGUGGGGGAACUUUAAUUUUGUAUUGUGGUUGAAGACAUUUCUAAUGAAAGGCGUCAAUCUCAUGUCAUUAU